CUCUCACGAUGACCAGCACACUUCCCUUACCGACUCUGUUCUCCAGGGCGCUCGUAACAGUCUCAAAGGCCGCAAAUCUGCCCACUGUCGAAGAUGAAACACAGGAAUUAAUACAUUCCGCCGUCACUGAUCUCAAGGAGCUGGACCGGCGAGUCGCAGCCCUUUCAUUAUUCAGUUCCAACGAGGUCCUUGAGGAUAUAUCCACCAGGAAUCUGGUGUACUUGUUUGCACGAUAUGUUCUCGCUGAGGUGCAGAAUCGCGUGAAGACGACGGAUAGGGAUGAGCGCAUGACCGUCCUUAAGGAGACGCAAGUCCAUCUCAGAUCAUUCAUCCAUGACUUGGAUACUUAUUGCUUAGUGCCUGAAGUGGAACGUGUGCUGUACGCACAAAGCGCAUCAUCCAUAAAGGACGCGGCCAAACGGCGAGAAUUCAAGAUCAAGCAGUUUAAGGCUGAGAAGGACUUGCGCGCGCGAAUCGAAGUUGUGCGAAAACGACGGAAACAGACACCCAUUGGAGACCUCUCCCAAACUGAUUUUGAUCUCAUCCGGUCAUUACUCCCGUCAACCGUUGCUCCUAAAGUGAGUGACGAAGACGAGGAUGAUUUAGAGACAGAUGAGAUCCUUCGGGAAGCAGUAUUACUGCUACUACGAUUAAAUUAUGCACAGGCAUACUCUCAACUCGAGAGCAUGAAUCAGGAAUUCGAACUCCUGCGCAGCGCUCCACCUCCUCCCAGACCGGGACCACCCUCAGACGACAGGAAAAAUAAAAUGAAGGAGCAGGAUGAUAUGUGGAAGCUGGACACAAAAUCUCGCAUCGGUGAGAGCGGACCACUACUUGACUCCAGUGGGAAGCCCCUAAGGCCAUUCACGAUCCUCCCUGCGGGCGCAUCAGAUCGCGCACGCCUACAAGCUCAGGUCUUCGGACCUGGUCACCGUCUGCCGACGAUGAGUAUUGACGAGUACCUCAAAAUUGAACAAGAACGCGGCAACAUUCUCACAGGGGGAGGCCCACAAUCUGAGGAACAGCCAACGUCGUCAGAACAACUGGCGAUUGACUCCGAAGUGGACGGCACAGUCUUUGGUGAGACAAAAUCAGAGGAGAAACGGCAGAAAGACGAACAGUGGGCGCAGUUCAAGGAUGUUAAUCCGCGUGGAGCGGGAAACACAAUGAAUCGCGGUUGAAGGGGAUAACGAUGGGAAGCCGAGAAAGUCCGUUGCAUUGUGUCACAAAUAAUUUGUAAUGGCUCGUCGAUCUGGGGGAGCAGCAGAACGUACUUGUUUGCAACACGGGCAAGCAAAACAGGUAUAUAAU